UUGGACAUUAGGGUUCCAGAUGUCUCCUCUCUCAGUGAAAAACUGUGGCCAUGUAGUAAUACAUGCUGGGACUGUUGCCCUGGCUGUCAUUGCUCAGUCCAUCUCAGAUAUCUUCUGUUACCUGGCAAAGGACAUCAACGUGCCCAAUGCUGUGUUUCAGACCUCAUCCAGGAAUGUGUCUGAGACCUUCCCCCUGGAGGUGACUAUGGACUGGUGGUCUGAGAGUUUCUGGAUUAUGGUUGACUUGUGGUCUAAAGCCUGGCUCUUGUAUGCAGUGGUCAGCCUCUUUAAACGAAAUGUCCUCGGUCCAGAAAUCCACCCCCCAGUAUUUUAUCUGAUGUGGACCAUGAUUAACAUUGCAAGGAUGUUCAGCAUGACUCUGUGGGACAGACACAAUAUACUCGGAGCUGUCCUAGUCUGGUGGAAUCUCCCAGUCAUCAGCUUCUACAUGCUUUACAUGUCCUACUCUAACCUCAACAAGCACAAAGCCUGGCUAGCCAUCAACAACCCUCAUGUGAUCUCAUGGACACGUUACCUGACCCAGAAUGGUUUGGCAGUGUUUGCAUGGUGGUCUCUCUUGAAUGCUGUUGUGGGUCUUGGCAUCGUGCUCAAGUACAAACAUGAUGUGCCGGACCCACUGAUCAGCACCAUUGUCCUCACCAUAGUCUCCGUGUGCACAAUAAUCUGGUUCAUUCUGCAGAGCUUCCUGUUAACAAAGUACAUGCGCUACACAUUCAGCGUUUAUGCCAUUCUCAUUCUGGGCCUGGGUGCUAUGUUCACCAGAAGCUAUCGUGUCCAUGACCUUGCUGCAAACACAGCCUAUUGUGGGUUCCUUAUGCUCCUGAUGACCAUCAUGAGCUUGAUCCAUUUGAUCUCUUCAUGUUUGCACACAAAGAAGUCCAGCAAACCUGAUCCCACGGAGCCCUACAUGCCAUUUGAGGGCUGUGAGACAGUGUGGCACACAAACAUCAAAAGUGAUGACAUCAAGAAAGAUUUCUGCAAAAUCUGAGUUAAUGUGGUAAAAGAAAACAAAUGAAUCAACGCAUGUAUCAUGAAAGUGUGCACUAUACAUUAAUCACCAAAGGGGGGCAGCACAUACUCACUUCACACUGAGAAUGUGCUAGGAUAAAUACAGCUCUGUUGUACCAGAAGAUGGCACAGUGGUUCAAGCUUUUAUAGGGAAAAUAUAUAUAUUGAGCAAAUGAUUCUAAUCUAAAUUCCAUUCACUGAAAAAAAUGCAAAACAUCCAAAACAAAUAAAAAGAAUAUUACCCAGUGAGGUUUAUACUAUUUUGUGUUUUUGAGGCCACAUUUGGUACAUGUCUCUGUUUAAAUCAUGAACUCUUAAUGCACACUUUAUUUAAGCUGAAACAGGGUAAUACAGCAAUAAUAGCUUGGGUUUUUUAAUCAUGAUGAUGAUGACAUUUCCCAGAUUGGUGAACAAACUAAGUUAAUUUAAAAACCUCUAUACCCUCUCCCACUCUCCAUAUCUCACUGUGUCUGUGACGUGAUACAGCAGAGAUAAUCACACACGCUCAAGUUUAUAAGUGCCCUCUUUGUUGAUGCUGCUUAAAGAACAGAAUAUCAAACAUGCCCAAUGGCUGUGAGCAGGACCUUUGAUGAGGAUGCAGAGUUGAAUAGGACACAAUGUCAGAUGAAAGCAGCGGAGAGAAAAAGAAAGACAAUAGGGAUACAAAGAAUGUGUCUAUGGAUGGACAUGCUGACCGCACAGCUGAGCAAAUUGGUCUCCAUCUACAGCACAGUCUUGUUCACUGGGACAAAGAAAUGUAUUGCAACAUGGUCUUUUCCCCCUUAUUUCCACAUAUUCACAUUGGUUCAGAGUAAGAUACAGGCACAAUAUGUCCUUUUUUAUCAUUUGGUUUUUACAACAAACUACAUAAGCCAUAAUGUUGAUUUCCCCUGCUGUUGGUGAAGUGUUAUUUUGGUGUUUACAGACAGACAUUAGAUAGCAAAAGUGCCUUUUCUUGUGGGUGGAUGUCAGUGACCCGGAUCAUAAACACACAUUGGCAAUUUAUUUGACUGCCUCUAUUACCUCCAGCUUCAUAAUGCAAAACUGGUUCACUCUUAGGGAAGGAGUUUGCGGGAGUGGAGAAUCCCUAAUUACAAAUCAGAUCACAGUAAUUUAGUUUUGUAUACAUUUGUGGCUAAGUAAUUCUGCUUUCAGAAACAUUGAUUUUGAAGGAAUAUUGCACUCAGCAACAGUACGUUUGGAAAUGCAGGAAUUACAGAGCUGCCUAUAGUGAUGAUAUUGUGGCUCAAUAAGGAGGAUUUUCCAUUUAAUUUUGAGGAAAUCUGUUGGAAAGUUAAGUUGAAAUGAAUAAUUGAUCAAUUGAUUGAUUGAUUGAUUGAUUGAUUGAUUGAUUGAUUGAUUGAUUGAUUGAUUUUAAAUGUGAAUAUUUUCUGGUUUUAGUAAACUGAAUGUGUUUGGGGUUUGGACUGUAUUUUGAUAAUCAAUUAACCAUUCAAGUAAUUUUUAAGCAAAAUGGUAAAAGUUAACUGGUUCCAGCUUCUUAAAUUAGACUAUUUUCUGGUUUCCUUGGUCUUUUAUGAUAGUAUAAAGUGAAUUUCUAUAUUACUGUAUUAAAAGGGAAGAGGGAUAAAUUGGAAGUGCGCACUCACACUCAAAUUAUUACAGUCAAACAGCUGCAUUAGCCCUUUGUGGUCAAAUAUAAUAACUUUAUAUAACUUUAACAUUAUUCAGAGUGAACUUCAGAAGGUUUUUCCUGAACUUCCAGCAGUAAGCAACUUCCAGUUGAGUCGGAUAGUCUAGUAUUUCCUCCCCUAACAGCAUAAUGCAUCAGCUUAGUUGAUUAAAAAUAGCUAUGGCUUCAUACCACAUUGGCUCAGUAUUAAUACGAUACAGCAGUGAAAGAUUCUUAGGCAAGAGCAGAAAAUUAGAUUCCCCCCAUACCAUUUACCACCCAGUAUCAGAUUAAACGGGUCCAAUCAAAUUUCCUUUAGAACUUAAUUCCAACUAUUCCAUCCCUGGCAAAACAAAUAUAAAAUUUUUUCUAAAUACCAUGUUCAAAGUAAUUUAAAGAUACCAGGUGAUAGUGUGUCCUUCAGGUGUCUGCAAAGUCCAUUAAAUUGCUUCAUGGAUGUGACUCCUGCACUGUGGUGUUAUCACGUUUUUCCUCCCGAGUACUGAGACCAAAUCCUCCCUGGAGUAAAACACUGGGGGGAGGCGGGGGUUUACUGUCUGGCAGGCUUGGAAUUGUUUCUAUACUCUCCAAAGACCUUUUUCUCCAUAAGAGAAAUAACCUAGAUAUGUAAAUGUGCAUUCCCAAUUAAUUUAAUUCAAAUAAUUACGCAGAGAAAAGAAAUGGGGUUGAGAAAAAGAAGUCUUACCUUGUGCCAAGUUGUCUUCCUAUUCAAGCUCUCUCACUCAGCAGUGUACAGCUACAUUAGCUUGGUAUAUUGAAGCGUGCUCUGCUACACGGAUGAGCUUUAAUUAUCUGUGACAUUUUUGUGAGUGGUCCUAAGCCUUUUGGAAUCAACAAACAGUGAGUCGGUGGAAGUAAUCAAUACAAGUAGAGGUUCAAAUGUAGUGACUAAAUGCAUAAACAUGACCUUAUGACCCCAUUUUCAGUGAAUUUUAAUGCUUUAAUUUAAAAUACAGCUUAACGCUGGCCUUUUUGUUUCAGCAGAUUUCACUGUACUUGUGAAAUAUGGUUAUGUUCGAAGUCUCUCUAAGCACAAUUUAUGCUUCAUCAGCUGUACUAAAGUAUGUUUAAUUAAAUGCUCACUAAAAUAAUUUAUUGACUUACUAGAGAAGUGUUUGUUUUUAACAGCUACUCAAAAAACGAAUCAUUUGAAUUAAUGAUUCUCUAUUUACAUAUUACAUGUCAAGAGUCCCAUUCUGCAUGAUUUAUAAAAUGACAAAAAAGGGAAAUUAUUAAAAGGAUCAUAAUAUUUUGAAAAUCUGAACUGCCACCUGAAAUAAUGAAAAUUGUAACCUUUGUAAUCUUUGGUUUACAUGACUUGUUUCUCGUUAACUUCACUUAAGAGCGUUUCAUUCUUAAACUAACUAUAGUCUGAAAAUGUGUGCAUUAAUGACAAAAUAUACAGCAUAAAAACGGGAUUUAAAACAGGGUUAAAAAUGGGGUUUAAUGACUCGUUAAAUAACUUUAAGCAGGUCAAGCUUUAAGAGAUCCAACAGUUUAUUAUAUCUGUUAUGUAUAAUUUAUGCAAGUAUUAUGAUUCCAGGCUGGUACGGAACCCUUUAACUGAUUGUGUUUUAUCUGAGAUACAGCGCAGGCUGUGCCAUUCCAUGCUGCAAAUUGGAUUUGACAACUUUCAUUACAUUAAGUACAAUAUGCCUUGGACCUAAACCAAGACUGUGAUGAAGGAGUUUUGAAUAAUUGCAUUUCUAUUGGUAUUCAGUAAGUGUUCAACAUGGUGCAUUUCAAAAAAGCUGAAUCGGGCAUCAACAACAUGCACAAGGUUGACAUUGUGGCUUUCGCUGGAAGCAAACAAAGAUCAACAAUCCUUUUUAUUACAACUGUGGCAGAGUGAUGCCAUCAGCUUGGUAAAACAAUUAGAAUAUAUGUAAAUGCUUUGAAUUAAUUAAUCCCAUGACACAGUUACACUAAUUAGGUGGUAAUCCCUGACUCCUGUUGCUCCAUAUUUAAGACAAACCCACUCAGUCCAGAUAUGAGGACAGCAGACACCAAAGAAUGUUAACUGUAGGACUAAUUAUUGCUUUAAAUUGAUAAUUUUUUAUCUGACUAAUUAAUGGUGAUGCUUUUCUGUGAGUGGAUGAGCAUUGAUGUAGUCUUCUAGGACACAGGCAAACCAACAAGGAACUUGUUGAUGUUAAUCAAAAGAUUUAGACUUUAAUUUACACUUGUAAUUAAAGGGAGUAAUAAUUAUAGAGAAUAUGGUUCUCUAGUGGUCUGUAAAUUACUAUAAAAGAUAGGAACAUAAUUCAGUGACGCAUGUUUAGAACAAAGAGCCGAACAGCUAACAAUUGAUCAAAACAUAACUGUGAUUUCUGCAUCAAUUGCAUUGCUGGAUCAUUCUUGGAAUACACUUGUAGCAUGUUUAUGUUAAUUGGACUGGGUCAGUCUUUUCUGUAUUUAAUGUGACUUGUGUGCACUAAGUUUGUCAAUCCUGUAUUGUUUUAACUGUCUCAUAAUGUGUCAACAAAAAUUAACGAAGCCGGUUUUCUUUUACUGCCAUUGUACAUGGGGAACAAAGUCUUUCUGAUUUUGAAACACAGACACACACAGACACACACACACACACACACACACACACACACACACACACACACACACACGAGGGGUAUGCCAACAAGAUACAUAAACAAAAGUGCCUGCAGAAAAGGCACUGAUGAUGGCUUGUGCUUGAAAUGCUCCAAAAUAAAAUAACACACGGAGAAUUCUGA